AAUAUAAAUAUUAAAUAUAAAAUAAUAAAAUAAUAAAAAGGACCCCACAAAAAACAGUUUAUAUCGGCCGCCCCGCUUUGUCGUCUCUUUCGUCUCCGUGCACCACCGUCGCUCCUCCUUUUCGUUUGACUCCACGCUUCUUUCUCUCUCUACUUUCUCUCUCUAACUUCCUUUAAAUCACUUCCUCUUUUUUAUUUUAUCCUCCAUUUUUCUUCUUCCUUUUCUUACUAAAAUUCUCUUCCUUUCUCUCUCUAUACUUUCUCUCUCUAGUUUUUUUUUGCUUGAACAACAAAAUCAUAAUUAUCAUGGAAUAGGGUCCAUAUUUUGAAGAUCAAGUUUAUUUUUGGAAGAAAAUCAACAAGAAGAAGAUCAUUGAUUUUUGCUUUGGGAUUUGGUUGAUUUUUUCACAAGUGGAGAAUUUUUAUUUUAUUUUUAGUUUAUAAAAUAAAAAAUUACUACAAGGCAUAUGGCCGGCAGUAAUGAAAUCAACGUCAAUGAAUGCAAGAAAGUAGUACCAUUAAACACAUGGAUUCUGAUAUCGAAUUUCAAGCUUGCAUACAACCUUCUUCGCCGGCAAGAUGGAACAUUUAACAGAGAAUUAAGUGAAUUUUUAGACCGUAAAGUGUCUUCCAAUACAAUCCCAGUUGAUGGGGUGUUCUCCUUCGACAUUUUUGACAUAUCUGCUAAUCUUUUGAACCGGGUUUAUAUGCCGGCUUCGUCCGAAAACGGAGCUUAUUGGGGUGUUCAAGAGCUAGAAAAGCCACUAAGUACAGAGGAAAUAGUACCUGUUAUAGUGUACUUUCACGGAGGAAGUUUUACUCAUUCGUCUGCUAACAGUGCUAUCUAUGACACCCUUUGUCGCCGCCUUGUUGGACUUUGUAAGGCGGUCGUAGUGUCGGUUAAUUAUCGUAGAUCACCAGAGCAUAGGUACCCGGCUGCGUAUGAUGAUGGUUGGUCUGCCGUGAAGUGGGUUAGUACUAGGCCUUGGUUACAAAGUGGCAAGGAAAAUAACAGGAAAGUUCAUGUUUAUAUGGCAGGGGAUAGCUCGGGUGGUAAUAUCGCGCAUCAUGUUGCAGUCAAGGCAGCCGAGGAAGGCGUUGAUGUUAUUGGAAAUAUUCUACUUCAUCCGAUGUUCGGUGGGGAGCAGAGGACGGAAUCAGAAAACAAUUUGGACGGGAAAUACUUUGUUACAGUACAAGAUCGCGAUUGGUAUUGGCGCGCUUACCUGCCUGAAGGGGAGGAUAGAGAUCACCCGGCGUGUAAUAUAUUCGGGCCGAGGGGAAAGGCGCUUAAGGGGAUCAAUUUCCCUAAGAGUUUGGUGGUUGUAGCCGGGUUAGACUUGGUUCAAGAUUGGCAAUUAGCGUAUGUUGAAGGGCUUAAAGAUGCAGGGCAUGAAGUGAAGCUUCUAUACUUAAAGCAAGCUACAAUUGGAUUCUAUUUCUUGCCAAAUAAUGACAAUUUCUAUACUCUUAUGGAAGAGAUAAAGAAUUUUGUGAAUCCUAACUGUUAAUACUAGUAGUAUCUUUGUCCUUUUAACCACCCCUGUUACCUACACCAGAUAUAUCAGAUCAGAUCAUCCUUAUACAAUGACAAAAACAGCUUUAACAUUUUUUUUUUUAUUAUUAUCAUUUUGCUCCGGGCCUCCUUUUUAUUCUCUUCCAAAGUUGGUGUGUAGUUAGGAAUCAAGGUAGCUAGCUUCAUGUGCUUAGCAGUAUAGUAGUAUAAAGAUGUUUUAGUAGUGUUAAUCACAUUAUUGGUGGUGAUUCGAGCGAGGUUUUCUGGGUUGUUCGAGCUGAUGCUAUGUGGAAGUUCUUUCCAACAUUGUUCUUGGGUUGAUCCAUCAGCUCUAUGUGAAUGUGACCGCGUAGAACGGACAUUGUUCGUGUCAUCGUCGUAUUCGACAGAACUCGAUCUGCCCCCGGAAAGGAAGGUUGAACCUAAACAAAAUAGCAAGGUUGGUGUUUUGUCUUGGGGGGUUUAAUGGGUUUCUGUAAUUGGGUAUUGUUAUAAAGGUGCUAAUUUUAGAGAAAACAUGGAUUUGGAUUUUAUGAACAUUUAUAAAAUCCAUGACUUUGUGAAGCAUUAAUGUAAUCUUAUACAGUUGUGUUAGAUAUUAAUAUAAAGGAAAUUUUUGUUUGUUUUUUC